AUGGGUGAGCGAGAGCGGACAGCUCCAGACGAGUAUUAUGUGAAGGCGAGUGACGAGUCGCUGGUACAGAUUUCGUGCGACGCGGGGGCGGUCAUCCUGGGCCUGCGCAAGCCCCGCUACGGCAGCCAGGCAGCAGGCUGCAACUCCACAGACUCGUACCGCAUCGUGGCCGCCGCCUGCCUGGGGGAGCAGCAGUGCGUGCUGCGCUCCUCCGCCGACGUGUACGGCGACCCCUGCCCCGCCGGUACCAUCAAGAGCCUGGAGCUCACCUACUGGCCCUCCCCAUCCCCCUCUGGCAACCCCAUCGAUCCCCAGGAGGUGGACGACAAGCCUGGCUCCUUCUCCAGCCUGUGGGGCAGGUCGGGCGAGCGGUGGAGCCCCGCCGGCAAGCUGACCGACUGGAGCUACGCCGGCUAUGCGGCCAACGACCAGCCCAUUCCUGACUAUCCAGCCAAGUUUAACGUCCAGGACUUUGGGGCUGUGGCAGACGGCAGGACAGACAGCGCUGUGGCUUUCCAGAAGGCCGUUGACGCCGCCGCGCGCUCCCCCUACGCCGCCACCGGGGUGGCGGUGGAGGUGCCCGCGGGCCGGUACGUGCUGCGAAAGGCCAUCACCAUCACCAACAGCAAUGUGGCGCUGCGGGGCGCCGGGGCCGGCAAGACCGUCCUGUACUUCCCACAGACAAUGUCCGAGCUGUUUGGCCCCUCGCCCAACUGGGCCUUUGGCGGCUCAUUCAUCAGCAUCGUGGGGCGCAAGGUCGACUCGGCCGCCCGAGCCAACUUCCUGGCUUCCAUCACAAAGACCGCCCGCCGCGGCGACAGGCGCCUGCAGGCACGCCGCAGCGGGCAGCGCCGCCAGCCUGGCAGACGGGGGCUGAGCGGAAGGGGUUGCGCCUGGGUCAGCAACACCGACGUCUUCCGAGUAGGCCAGUGGGUGCGCCUGUGGGCCAGCAACCCCGGCAACCGCUCCCAGCGCCGCCGCUCGCUGCUGUCGCUGAAGGCCGGCCUGGCCGCCGGCGCCGCCACCCCCGCCAACCUCACCGCGGCGCAGUCGGGGCGCAGGCUGGCAUCAGACGGCGACGACGACAGCUCCGCGUCGGGCGCCCCGCUGCGCCUGUUCCAAGACCCCUACCUUCAGGCCGCAGUGGCCGCCGCCGCGGCCGCGGAGGCCAAGGCCGCGGCGGCUGCCGCCGAGGCGGGCCCCGAGCCCGACAAGGCUGAUGCUCUGUCUGCAGACCCUGUGGCAGCAGCGCUGGCAGCCGAGCAGGAGGCAGCAGAGCUGAACCCUCUGCAGCUGGAUGCCAUGCUGCUAGCGGCUGCGCGGUACGGCUCCAUGGCUCUCGCCGCGGAGAUCGCAGAUGGCGAGUACGACCCCGCCUGGCUGGAGGAGUUUGCGUCCAACGUGGAAGGCGGCGGCGGCGGCGACGAGGGCGGCGACGAGGGCGGCGAGCGGGCCCCCGCCCAGGCGGUGCCCGGCAGCCUGGACUACUACCUGUAUGGCGACAGCAGGGCGGUGGACAGCGGGGCAGACUACAACGUGUUCCCCAAGAGCGACCACAUCCGCAUGGCCUCGCGCGUGUCUGCUGUCGGCGACGGCUGGAUCGAGCUGGAGCGGCCGCUGCCCUGGGACAUGCGGGAGCAGUGGGCGCCGGUGCUGCACAGGUUUGCCCCCACCGUGCAGAACAGCGGGCUGGAAGGGUUCACCGUGGAGUUUGCCUGGAGCACCUUCCCCAGCCACUUCUCUGCCCAGGGAGCCAACGCCAUCGCCCUGUACGAUGCAGCCAACUGCUGGGUCCAAGAUAUCAAGGUGAUCAACGGCGACAAUGGGAUCAUCAUGAGCGGCGUGGACUUCAUCACUGUGGAUCGCACGCGCUUCGAGGCCACGCGCAGCAGGGGCAAGGACAGCGGCCACCACGCGCUCUGGACAUCCCGCAGCGCCGAUGUGCGGUUCACAAGCUUCUGGAUAGAGGGAGGCUGGGUGCACGACAUAUCGCUGGACCAGUUUGCCGAGCUGAUGGUGUACGCCAACGGCGGCGGCACCAACGUCAACAUCGACUGCCACAGGGCGGGCAGCCACAGCAACCUGUUCAGUAACAUCAACUUUGGCGCGGGCACGCGCCCCUUCUGGAGUGGCGGCGAAAAGUCGCGCGGCGCCCACAGCGGCGCCAACAACACCUUUUGGAACCUGUGGGGCGACCGCGCCCUGGAGCUGCCGCCCUGCAGCUACGGCCCCAUGCUCACCUUUGUCGGCAACUUUGGCGGCCAGAAGUCCAGCCGCCGCCGUGAGCUGCUGGCCCAACAGCCCGAUGCCGCGGCAGACCGCUACCAGGGCGAGGCCUUUGUGUCUGCCGUGGCUGUCGAGGGCGGCCCCAUCAUCAUUCCUGAGGAGGAGGAGGCCAAGGCUGCCGCUGCCGGGGCUGAGGCACAGGCCCUGGGCAGCCGGCGGGGCCUGGAGUCGGCAGCAGGCGUGCCGCCGCCGCCCGCCCCCUCCGAGUGGCUGCCAGAGGAUGUCUCGGUUGAGCCCUCGCCGCCCGAGCCUGCCGCACAGACAUUCUACUCUUCUGAUGAGGAGGAGAGCAGCGACGAAGAGGGCAGCGGCGAAGGCGGCGAGGAGGGCACCGCCGACGACGGCAGCAGCGGCGAGGCUGGAGCGCUGGCCGUGGGCGGCGAGUGCCGUGGGGUGGGCUGGUUUGUGGAGCGCAUUCCCUUCAACCGCGCGCUGCCGCAGCUCCCAGCGGACUUGUUCCAGGCUCAGCUGGUGGCCCGCAAGCUGCGCCAGGCGGUCAGCAAGUGA